AUGCACAAGUAUUUUCUACUAGAAAAUGGCUCUCCUCGGGGCUGGGGGUAUAUUUCCGUGGUUAAGAACACUGACUGCGGCCCCGCCCCUGCCGUCCCCCGACCUGCCGCCCCUCGAGUCGGCCUCAGUCCAAGCGCCCUGUCGGGUUCCUCAAGUGUCGCCGCCAUGAAGAAGGUGGUUCAGCAGCUCCGGCUGGAGGCCGGGCUCAACCGCCUGAAGGUGUCCCAGGCAGCUGCAGACUUGAAACAGUUCUGUCUGCAGAAUGCUCAGCAUGACCCUCUGCUGACUGGAAUGUCUUCAAGUAUAAAUCCCUUCAGACCCCAGAAAGUCUGCUCCUUUUUGUAGUCAUACAUCUUGAGGUUUCUCAAACCACUUUUCAUGAACCAGUGAAUAUUCAAAACAACUAAAUUUGAAGUCUGUACAAAAGCUUCUCUAGCGCACGUGCCAUGAUAUACUACAAUCUUCUACUUGUUGGUCCUUAACAUCUACCUCUCUGAAUUUUCAUGGAUUUCUGUUUCACAAGGUUUAACUCUUUUAUAUACACUGGCGGUAGCAUACAAUAAAACAGCAU